AUGGGAUUGUUAGGAUCAACGGGAUUGUUUGGAUCAACCGGGUUAAUUGGAUUAUUAGGAUCUACUGGGUUAACUGGAUUAUUGGGAUCUACUGCAUUAACUGGAUUGUUUGGAUCUACUGGAUUAUUAGGAUCUACUGGGAUAACUGGAUUAUUGGGAUCUACUGGGAUAACUGGAUUAUUAGGAUCUACUGGGAUAACUGGAUUAUUAGGAUCAACCGGGUUAACUGGAUUAUUAGGAUCAACCGGGUUAAUUGGAUUGUUAGGAUCUACUGGGUUAAUUGGAUUGUUAGGAUCUACUGGGUUAACUGGAUUAUUGGGAUCUACAGGAUUAUUGGGAUCAACCGGGUUAACUGGAUUAUUAGGAUCAACCGGGUUAACUGGAUUAUUGGGAUCAACCGGGUUAACUGGAUUAUUGGGAUCAACCGGGUUAACUGGAUUAUUAGGAUCUACAGGAUUAUUGGGAUCUACUGGGACAACUGGAUUGUUUGGAUCAACCGGGUUAACUGGAUUAUUGGGAUCUACUGGGAUAACAGGAUUGUUUGGAUCAACCGGGUUAACUGGAUUAUUGGGAUCUACUGGGAUAACAGGAUUGUUUGGAUCAACCGGGUUAAUUGGAUCAACCGGGUUAAUUGGAUUAUUGGGAUUUACUGGGUUUAAUGGAUUAUCCGGGUUAACUGGAUUCAAUGGAUUAUUAGGAUUUAAUGGAUUAUCCGGGUUAGCUGGAUUCAAUGGAUUAUCUGGAUUUACUGGGUUUACCGGAUUGUUGGGAUUUAAUGGAUUAUCCGGGUUAACUGGAUUCAAUGGAUUAUUCGGAUUUACUGGAUUUACUGGGUUUGCUGGGUUCAAUGGAUUUACCGGGUUGGCUGGAUUCAAUGGAUUGUCUGGGUUAAGUGGAUUUACUGGAUUGUUAGGAUUCAAUGGAUUUACCGGAUUAGCUGGAUUUAGUGGAUUGCUUGGAUUCAAAACAUUUAUUAUAUUACUAGGAUUUAAUGGAUUGUCUGGAUUUAAAGGAUUCAAUGGAUUCUCGGGAUUAAGCGGAUUUACUGGAUUAGUUGGGUUUAGUGGAUUACUCGUAUUAGUUGGGUUUAAAGGAUUGCUUGGGUUCAAAAUGUUUAAUGGAUUACUAAUAUUUAAUAGACUGUCUGUCGUUUUUUUAAUGCCUUCUUUUACCGGACGAUUAGCUCCUGUUGCUUUUAUUUUAUUUAAAAACAAUAAUAUACAAAGAAAGGUUGUUUUCAUGGGGUAG